UCUUUCAUCUCUUGUCGAAAGACUAAAGAGGGUCGUUUUCUCAUUGCACUUUUACCUUUUUUCCAAUUGCAUUCUGAUAUUCAUCAUUGCUUAAAUAGGUACCAACUUUUAAGGUUAUUUUGAUGGCUUUCUUGAUACCUGUGUUGUUGAGCAAACGAAAUCUAGACAUGUUUGUUAGCAGUGCCCUCUGGUUGUUGCUGCUCAGUUGUAGCUUCAGCUUUGGCGUUGAGAGCGAUAUCAACUGCUUGAAAAGUAUAAAAGCAUCACUUGAGGACACUUUAGGUUACUUAAACUCUUCAUGGGAUUUCAACAACAACACUGAAGGCUUCAUCUGCAACUUUCUCGGGAUCGAGUGUUGGCACCCUCACGAGAGCAAGGUUCUGAACAUCAAGCUUUCGGACUUGGGACUAAAAGGUCAGUUCCCUCGGGGCGUAGAAAAUUGUACAAGCUUAACAGGUUUAGAUCUUUCAGGCAACAUGCUCAGUGGACCUCUUCCUCAUGAUAUCGAUAAAAUUCUUACGUGGGUUACGUCUCUUGAUCUCUCUUCCAACAGCUUCUCAGGGCUGAUCCCCGCGACAUUUUCCAAUUGCAGCUAUAUGAAUGUGCUCAAGCUUGAUAACAACCAGUUCUCGGGUAACAUUCCGGCAGAAGUUAACCAGCUAACUAGGCUUAGAACUUUUAGUGUGGCCAACAAUCUUCUGUCGGGCCAAGUGCCACCAUUCGGUGAGAAUAUUGCUUCAAUUAGAAGGGACAGUUAUGCAAACAAUCCUGGACUUUGUGGAUACCCCCUCAAGCCUUGCCCAUCAAUAUCUCAAAAGAAGUCCUUGAAUGUGGUUAGGGUGUUCAAGUCGAAUGGUGUAACUAUGGUGGCAGCAGCUGGUUUUGGUAUUGGUUUCGUUUUCUCUUUUUCUUUUUUUUUCUUUUAAGAUGAGCUCCAACAGCCUCGUGUGUCCUUAUUUGGUCAUGUACUCGAACACAGUUAAAAAAGACACCCGCGGGAUUGUCGUUGCAAAUAAUACAUACAA